AUGAACUAAGAGCUUCUUCUUAAAUUUUUUAAUGACGAACCAUUUAAAUCUGAACGUAUGUGUGGAUUAACAAAUUUCGUCUAUAAGGUUUCCACAGCCAAGGAGUCGGUUAUAUAUAGACGUUAUACUUCUACGUUUCGACUGUUCUAAAAUCGAGAAAGAGAAGUGAGGUUUCAACAAGAACUUGCAUAAUUAGAAUUGGCACCAAAAGUGUUAUAUUCUGACAAUUUAUAAAGGAUAGAGGAAUAUUGGCCAUACUCUCCUGUGACCCUAUCGGAAAUAAAAGAGGAUUACAUAGAGGUGGCAAGGAUGCUUGGUUCAUUCCACAAAUUGAGAAAUAGAAAUUCAUUUGUCGAAAUAUUUGAUACUCCUUCUAUUUAUUAGUGGUUGCACAAUGUUAAUUUAAGAGAUGAGAUUUUCGACGUAAUUACAGAUUGCAAUUGUUAAAAAUUAUAUUCGACAUUUGAGUAAGUUUUCUCAGAUCAAAACUAAACUUUUAUUUUGGGAUUGUUCAAAGAUCCCUCCUUCAGCGAAUUGCCAUUGGUGAUUGCACAUAAUGAUUUGAAUGCAACGAAUUUUCUAAAGGACAAAAGAUUGAUGAAAUACCACCUGAUCGAUUUUGAAUUUGCAGGGCUGAAUUACCCAGGCUAUGAAUUGGCUAACUUUUUUAAUGAAAUGGAAUGGGACUAUACAUUUUCAGAGCCUCCCUAUUUUAAAAUUAAGGAAGGAUGGCAAGAAGAUCUAAAAUUAAAUUUUAUAAAGGAGUAUUGGAAAGAAUACGCAAAUUCUGAUGAGAUACCCAAGGCACUAUUGCGACAAAUAGAAAUAGGAGGAAUAUUGUAAAACUAUUUUUGGAUGUUGAUUGGUGGUCUUUCUCUGAAACAGGAAUAACAGGGAAUAGAUUUGGUCUAUUAUGUAAACAGAAGGAUGACUAAUUUUAAUAAGGUUUUGAAUUUAACACAAUGA